GGCUAGAACGUUUCCAGUAGUGAAGAAGCAAAUCAACUAGUCCGCUUCACGAUCCUUCCUGUUCAGCUCCAUCCGUAUCAGAGGGAAGAACACACUCUCCGCAAGAGAACAGUACAGUGACAUCAUUUUUCACUAUCAUUGGAGAACAUUGCAGUAGUUUCUGUUGCGACCAUGCCUUCUUCUAUGGGAGAUGUGACUGCCAUGGGGAAUGCUGGCAGUGGCAUGGGGGUUCCCGGCUCUGGCUUUCCGCCACAACAGCACCAUCACCAUCCCCACCAAAUCUCACAGUUUCUCCCUCCCAUGGAUCGAUGCGCAGGUUGCGGUGCAGUAGACACACCGCUAUUGGCUUGCGACGACCUUGACAGGGCAAGCGGCAAGAAAAAGGAUAUAGUUAUAGAUCCUUCUCAACGAUUGAGGUACGUAGCUGCAGUUGUGACUUUCCUAGGUUUCAUGCUCUCAAGAUCAUUUUUCACGAUGACAGGACCUGAUCUAGGUAUCAUGGAUGCCAUGGUAUUGUCAAACAACGACUUUCAUCCUGGUUAUUCUGACGAAUGUAAUUGUUGUCAUCCCGUAUUCAUGCAUCACUUUGGUGCCGAUCACAAAUCAUACGUUGCAACCUCAAAAUCUUUCAACAAUCGAUAAUUACACUACAAACGCAAAUGAAUCGUAAAACCAAACAUCAAUUUUGACUCUGUAGGUUUUGUGCUAAUUGUAUGAUCGGGAAAAAGGUUAGGGUCUUCUGGCCAGUCGAUAACAGCUGGUAUAUCGGAACGGUUCAGCAAUUCAAUGCAGUCACUGGAGAACAUCUAUUGAAAUAUGAAGAUGACGAUACCGAAUGGGUUCAUAUUGGAGAAAGUAACACGACGAUGAAUCCGUCCGAUUUUACUCCUCAGCAACCUCUAUCAGCUCAAGUUGGUAUUGUUGCACCGCAACCAAAUAACUUCGUUCCAAGGUCUGAAGCUGGUUCUUCCCCGGCUGAUAAAAAAUCUGCGAUGGUACCGGCGUCCCGAAUCAAAGAUGGAAACACCACACCAACAAUUGCGAAUGCUGAUCCAAAGAACAGAGUUGGGUCGUCAUCAGCAUCCGGUGGGCCCACGACCACGAAAGGAACCGACACUCAAUCAGCUGCUGGCCCUGGACUAGAAACAGAAAACCCGUCCAAUGCACUUCAUACAACGUAUCGAACAUUCGGUUCAGCGCAAAUACAGGGAAAUUCGUACCCACCCAAUUCCUCUUCGGGACAACGCCACCUUCCUCCUCAUCUUGCUCACCACCAACCUCAUCACAUACCUCAAGGGUACGGUCACGGGCCGGGAGGUCCUCCACAGCCAACGCCUUAUGGCAGUUUCUCGUCGUCGUCACUCGGGCAUGGGCCACAACCUCUAGGGUACGGGUACCCUGGUCACCCUGGCAUGGGCAUACCUCAACGUCACGGAGCGGUUGGAGCUUUACCACCGCACCAUUACGGUGGAAUGCAAGGCCACCCGCCUCAUCCUCAUCGGAUAGAAAAUCCUGCUCAAAUUUCUAAUGCGCCAGGCUCAGGGGGGAAUGUUGGUGCGAAUGGAAAGAAAAAGACAGGGCCUAAAGCUUGGACGAAAGAGGAGGAUGCACUGUUGCUCAGUAUUGUUCAAAGCAUGCGAGUGCCGAUGAAAUGGUCGUUGGUGGCACAAAGCUUGCCAGAGCGAACGGGAAAACAGUGCAGAGAACGCUAUGUAAACCACUUAAACCCGCGUCUCAAAGUCGCCGACUGGAGCCCGACUGAAGAUGCCACCAUAUUUCACUUAUACAACACUAUCGGCAGUCACUGGGCAAAAAUGUCUAAAAUCAUUCCCGGUCGGACGGACAAUGGAAUCAAAAACAGGUUCCACAACCUGCGAAGGCAAUUGGAACGAGAGGACGAGCACCGGCUCCGUCUGAAUGCCUCAAGAGAUUUUCCAGAAGAGAUCCGACUUGAGCUCAUCAGAGAGUUUCCCGAGGAGUUACGAGGGAAAGCGGCUGAACUAUGGGACAUUAAAUCUGGGUUGAGCGUUUUAGCCGCGCAAAGUGUAUUGGGUGGGGAUAGAACCAGAACAGCAGGGCGUUUCGGACCUUUCCGUGAGGCAGUACCCGGAGAGGAUAUCUGCGUCCGGUGUGGUUUUUGCCUUCCUAGUGUUCAAACKGGGAGCCAAAUCUGUACAAAAACGGGUUGGUGUCAAAGCUGCGCACGAAUUCCACCGCACGUGAGCGGAAAUAUGCUGCGGGAAUGCUUGAACCUUCGCAGGUGUCAAAAUGCGGAAAAAAGGAAGAUCAUCGAAUCAUGGGAGAUACCCGAUGCAAUUAAAAACUCCAAGAAGAAUAAGCAAUAGUUUUAAGGCUAUCAGGAUCGGAUUAUAUUGGGGCAAGUGAGGGGAACGAUUUGUCGAAUGCAUGCGCAACUUGCGAAGUAACCUUCCUAACAAUAAUAUUUCAAUUCGAAU